AUGAAGAAAUUUCUCGUCUUGUUCUGUCUCUCUGUUUUUGUGGCGAGCUCCUUAGCUCAGGAGCUCCCAGAGGAUAUUGCGCAGCAGCUCCCGGAGGAUAUUGCGCAGCAGCUCCCGGAGGAUAUUGCGCAACAGCUCCCGGAGGAUAUUGAGCAGCAGCUCCCGGAGGAUAUUGAGCAGCAGCUCCAAGACGACAGAGUUGGAGAGGAUCUGGACCUCUCGAUGGACAGCCAAGAGUCGGAAGAAAGCGCUGACGAUCGUGAACUUGGCAAGAGAGGCGGCAGUGCGCUUCCUCCUCCGGUAAAGAAGGCGGCUCCUCCGAAGAAGAUCGUAUACCGUGCGGCGCCAAAGAAGACUGCACCCAUUCCCAGGCCGGCACCAAAACAGGUUGCCUCUGUCACGUACCUCCCGUCCGCGCCCAAGAAAACUGUUCCCCGCAAGCUGCAAGAAGUUGCCGAUGACUUGGAAGAGCUUUCCGGGGAAGCCGAAGAAUCUGCCCAGCAUCCCGAUGAGGAUAUUGAAGAAGAAUCUGUCGGCGAACGCGCUCUUGGUGGGAACAAGAGAGGAGGUGCCCCUAUUCCUGUCAAAGCACCACAACCUAAAAAAGUCGCCGCUCCCGUGUAUUUGGGCAAGAAGGGUGGCUUCUAUGGAAGUGGCUAUUACAGACGUCUCUCUGAAGCACCUGAGCUUUCCGAGGAAGGGGCAGACUCUGAGGAGCAAGACAUUGAGCCAGAAGCCUCUUCCGAGGAGCGUGAACUCGGGAAGCGAGGAGGUGCUGCUCCGAUUCCGGUGAAAGCAGCUCCACCAGUUCAUAAGAAAAUCGUUCGGCCGGCUCCGAAGAAGGUGAUCCGUCCGGCGCCUAAAAAGAUCGUGCGCGCUGAGCCAAAAAAGAUCGUUCGCCCCGCGCCGAAGAAAGUCGUCCGCCCAGCACCCAAGAAGGUGAUUCCUGCUUCGUCGAAGAAAGGCAACUACUACAGACGCCUUCAAGAAGCUGAAGACGAGGUCAGUGCCUUCUCCGAGCUUCAGGAAGAGAAUGAAUUUGAGGGGGCUGAGCACGAUCAUGGCGAAGGUGAAGAUGCCGAACUUCGUGAAGAUCUCGAAUCCGAGAUUCCGGAACUGACAGAAGAUGACACUGCAGGUGAUGCAGAAGAUGGUUCUGCCGAGGAUCGUUCUCUUGGUGGCAGAAAGCGUGGUGGAGAUGUUCCCGUGCCGCUUCCCAAGAAACUGCCUCCGGCGAAAAAGCUUCCCGCUCCCAAGAAGAUCUACUCUUCGAAGCCAAUUGUCUACCGAUACAGCAAAAAGCUGUGA